AGACGUUUUGGCGCUCUCUCUUUCUCCAUCUGAGGCUUGGAGGACACGCGUCCGCCCUUAACUGCGUCCUCUCUCUCGGCGCGCGACGCGACCGAAACUUCGAGAGGAGGAAGGAGGCGUUCGAUCGAGCUCUCCGUUCCGAAUUCCUUCUUACGGGCGAAAUUUUUAUCCACUGGCGGUGGAUUUCGGGGGUGGCGUUGUUCGGGAGUGCAAGUAGCAAGGGGUUUGUGACCGGGGCUCGGGUGAUGGAUCCGGAGUCCCGCUCUCGGUCUCCCGAGAGUCGCUCUUGGAAAGCAUACAGAACCACUCUUUUGUUGGCCUACCAGAGUUUUGGUGUUGUAUAUGGUGAUCUAAGCAUUUCACCCAUCUACGUCUACAAGAGCACUUUCUCUGGAAAGCUACGCCUCCAUGAGGAAGAUGCUGAGAUCCUUGGAGUUCUUUCUCUGGUAUUCUGGACUCUGACUCUGAUUGCUCUUUGCAAGUACAUCAUCUUUGUGUUAGGAGCAGAUGACAAUGGAGAAGGUGGGACCUUUGCUUUGUAUUCAUUAAUGUGCCGGAAUACAAAGAUGGGGCUUCUGGGUACCCCUCAAGCUGCCCACGAGCAUUUAUCUGCUUAUAAACUUGAAACAUCUAGUAAGGAGACACGGACUAGUUUGUCGGUGAAGAAUUUUUUUGAGAAGCAUCGGACUUCUCGAAUUGCACUGCUUCUUUUUGUGCUUCUGGGGACAAGCAUGGUUAUCGGCGAUGGUGUUUUGACCCCAGCAAUGUCAGUCCUCUCUGCAGUAUCUGGCCUCAGAAUUAAGAUUCCCAGACUAAAUGAAAAUUGCACUGUUUUUGUGUCCUGCAUCGUGUUAGUGGGCCUCUUUGCAUUGCAACACUAUGGGACACAUCGUGUCAGCUUUCUUUUUGCUCCAAUCUUGAUUGCAUGGCUUGGCUGCAUUAGUGGAAUUGGAAUUUACAACAUAUUCAAGUGGAAUCCUGAUGUUGUCCGUGCUCUAUCACCAUAUUAUGUUUAUAACUUCUUUAAGAAAACUGGAAAAGAUGGCUGGAGUUCACUCGGAGGUGUUGUUCUUUGCAUUACAGGUGCUGAGGCCAUGUUUGCUGACCUGGGGCACUUCUCAAAGCUUUCAAUCAGGGUGGCAUUUGCAGCUGUAGUUUAUCCCUGCUUGGUAGUGGCAUACAUGGGUGAAGCUGCUUACCUAUCAAAGCAUAGGGAGGAUCUCCAAAGUAGCUUCUACAAAGCCCUCCCAGAGAGCGUAUUUUGGCCAGUAUUCAUCAUUGCAACAUUAGCCACAGUUGUUGGGAGUCAGGCAAUUAUCUCAGCUACCUUCUCCAUAAUUAGUCAAUGUAGGGCUUUGGGAUGUUUCCCCCGUGUGAAAAUUAUACAUUCAUCGAGCCAUAUACAUGGGCAGAUAUACAUACCAGAGGUGAACUGGCUUCUCAUGCUAUUAUGUCUUGCUGUCACCGUUGGCUUUAGAGACACUAAUAUGAUUGGAAAUGCUUAUGGCCUUGCUGUGAUUAUUGUAAUGUUUGUAACAACUUGUCUUAUGUUCCUAAUCAUCACUACUGUCUGGAAACAAUCCAUAUUCUUGGUGCUCCUCUUUGUUAUCACCUUCGGAUCCUUCGAGCUCCUCUACUUCUCUGCGUGCCUCACCAAAGUUCCUCAUGGAGGCUGGUUUCCCCUCAUCUUUUCACUAAUCAUUUUGCUUGUUAUGUCGACGUGGCACUAUGGUACUGCUAUGAAACAGGCUUUCGAGCUCCAGAACAAGGUCUGCCUUGACCAUCUCCUCAGCAUCAGCCCCAGCCUUGGCCUUGUCCGAGUCCCUGGAGUUGGCCUUGUAUACUCCAACAUUAUGACUGGUGUCCCACCCAUGUUUGCUCAUUUUGUCACAAACUUUCCUGCAUUCCAUCGCAUCCUCAUCUUUGUCUGCUUAAAGACACUUACAGUGCCGAAAGUUCCAGUUGAUGAGCGCUUCUUGAUUGGAAGGAUUGGCCCACCAGAGUAUCGCCUCUUUCGGUGCAUUGUGAGGCAUGGGUACAAGGAUGGAGGAAGGGACAGUCAUGAGUUUGAGAAUCAGCUGCUCUUGAAAGUGGCAGAAUAUCUGCAGCAGGAGGUGGGGGAUUCGUUGGUUAAUGGUGAGAUGUCAGUGGUUGGUCAGCCAUCUAACCCAGUGGUGGAUGCUGUGGUUGGGUCUGAAAGGACUGAGACGAGUAAGAAGAGGGUGCGAUUCAGAGAGGCUGUCAGGGAAGAUGUGAGGCAAGAGGUGAGGGAAUUGGUGGAGGAGAGGGAGGCUGGUGUGUCAUAUAUGAUGGGCCAUACAUGUGUGCUGGCUCAUGAGUCCUCAUCAUUUAUCAAGAAGUUUGCAAUAAAUGUUGUGUAUGGGUUUCUUCGGCGUAACUCCCGCAGGCCUGCUGUGGCGCUUGGGAUGCCACAUACCUCCCUGAUUGAGGUUGGCAUGGUUUAUCAAGUAUGAUGCUUAAGACUCCUGCUAUCAUUUAAGAUUAUGCUCUGGUUCAUAUACAAUAGGAAAAGAACAAACAACUUUCCUUUUGUCUCUCUGAACAUUUUUGCAGCGAGGAGAAGAAAUCAAUCCAAUAUUUACUAUUUCUUCUGCAGCGGUAAUUGCUGAUGCAAAACAUGGAUGAAGAUUUUAUAUACUGUUUGGAGAACUAUGGUUCCUGUGUAGUAAUUAAAACCAUACCUGUAAGCUGAAUGGAUUAGGAGUUGGGGAAGUUGGCACUGCACUAACUUGGCCUGGCAUUUAAGAGAAAUUACGAG